AUGUCCGCCCUCCUGGGAUCCGCGUAUGAUUCGAGCGAUGAUGAGAAGAGCCCCGCGACCCGCGCCCCCGCCCAGAAACAGUCCGGGGUGAACGCGGCCCCCGAGGUCUCGACAGAGGUUUGGUCUUCAUUCGUUGGGCGACGUGGUGGUCCAUCUAACGCUGCGCAGGACGUGUCGCAGAUGCAAGUCAUGUUGGCGAACCCCUCGAGCAACGCCCUCACCUAUAAUGUCACGUACGACAACCUCGCCCGCCCCGCACAGGGACCUUCCAACCCCUUUAAGUCGACGGCCGGCAACGUCCUGAAGCGCAAGAACGUGCUCACCGGCAACGCCGAGGAGACGUCCAUGUCCGAAGCCACCUUCAAGACCCAACACCGCACUUACCAGAGUCUCGGGUACACCAGGGAUCCCUCACUCAACGGAGCCUUUGUGGGCGAUCAGUCGGCCGUCGCAAAAUACGGCGGCAAAGAUGUCGUCCAGCUGCGCUACUCCAAGGAAGAGAGUGCCGCGAUCCGGUCCAAAAGGCAGAAAAAGGGAGACAGCAGGAUCGUCGACGGUGAGGGCGCGUACCUUGGUCCCUGGGCAAAAUAUCAGAGCGACGACGUGUCCUACGAGCAAGCCGAGGCCGCGGCCGAUCAGGAACUCGCCUCUGACGAGGAGUGGGUGGAAGAGGGCCUUGUUCCCACGCCACUGCCUGCGCCGCCCAAAGAGGCCACUGGCUACGCGGACGAUUUAAAUGGUGCCGAGACGACCGAGUUCCAUGGUGCUUCAGAAUUCGAUUACCAAGGACGGACGUACAUGCACGUACCACAGGACCUGGACGUCGACCUGCGCAAAGAACCGGGUUCGAUACAGAACUACGUGCCGAAGAAGCUGAUACAUGUCUACAAGUACCACACGAAACCCAUCACCUCUCUACGAUUUAUCCCCAAGUCAUCGCACCUGCUCUUGUCCUCGUCGGCGGAUGCAAAGCUCGCACUGUGGGAUGCUCACCACGACCGGACACUCCUCCGCACAUUUUCAGGCCACAACAAGGCGAUCACAGACACAGAUUUCCACCCCACCGGGCGGUCAUUUUUAUCAGCGUCGUAUGACCGCCAGAUGAAGCUUUGGGAUACCGAGACUGGAAAGUGUAUAUCGCGGUUCACCACGGGCAAAACACCACACACCCUGCGUUUCCAUCCCGAAGGCAACGAAUUCAUCGCCGGCAUGGCCGACAAGAAGAUUGUCCAGUUUGACGUCAGGUCCGGCGAGUUGACGCAAGAGUACGACCACCAUCUCGGCGCCAUCAACACACUCACAUUUGUCGACGAGGGUCGGAGAUUCAUCUCCACCUCCGACGACAAGUCCCUCCGCGCGUGGGAGUAUGGCAUUCCAGUGCCCAUCAAGUUCAUUGCUGAUCCGUCCAUGUACGCGCUUGUGCGAGCCGCACCCCAUCCUUCGGGCAAGUACGUCGCAUUCCAAUCUGCCGACAACCAGAUCGUCGUGUAUGCCGCGGGCGACAAGUUCCGACAGAACCGCAAGAAGGGAUUCACGGGCAUGAACACCAGCGGGUAUGCGAUCGACGUGGCCAUAUCCCCAGACGGCGGGAUCGUGUCGAGCGGCGAUUCAGGUGGGUUCGUGUGUUUCUGGGAUUGGAAAACGGGCAAGAUGUGGCACAAGAUUCAGGCCGGCGGAGAAGGGUUGGGCGCAGUGACGUGUGUGGCGUGGCAUCAGCAGGAGAGCAGUAAAGUCGCAACGGGCGGCUUGGAUGGAAUGAUUAGAUACUGGGAUUGA